AUGGCGGGUGUGCUGUACCCCAGACAGGCCCCUGUGGAUUUAGACAUGUACCAAAGCUCCUACAUGGUCAACUAUAAACCGUACAGGAAGCACAAGUACUCCAGAGUCACAUCACGAGAGCAAGUGAAGGUGGAGACCCAACUUUGGGAAAAAGAAUUUUAUAAGUUCGCCCCCAGCCCCACACCCAAACUAGAGGAUGGGUACCCUGCCUUCAAAAGACCCUACAUGAAUGCCAAAGACCUGGGACACCCCAGCUUCUUCCCAUCAGUGGAUACAGUGAAGGACGAAUGCAGGUUCCCCAGCAUCUGCCCUUCCAUGCAUCCAGUUUCCCAUGCUCUAUACCUGGCCCAAGGCAAUCCAGACUGGGUCCACCGAAGUGCUGACUUUCUGUGCCUCCUGGAGCCAGAGCACCAACCUGCUGCAGAGGAAGGCAAAGGAUACCUUCUACUUCCCGGCUGCUUCUGUCCUCAUAGCCGCACAGCCAGGGUCCCUAUCCUGAACCGAUGGGGCCCCCUCCUGCCAUUUUACCAGUAG